AUGCCGACUCCCAACUGUGAAAUUCAUUUCCCCAACAGCCUCCAAGCGUCCAUCGACAAUACUCAAGAGUGUUCCCACAAAUUAAGAACAGACCUAAAAACCAAAGGCCUAUGUGAGACUGCCGAAUUUCUGCGCGGCUUGAUUAUUCAAGAAGCUCAAAUUCUGGGCAAGGGAGGUUACCGCAAGGUCAUCUUGUGGAACCUUAGCCAAGGCUGUGCUGCUGGGAUCUUUACAGUCUUGAGCGAUUGGCGCAUUUGUUGA